GCCGCCUACUUAUUACGUGACUUCCGGUGGAUUCAAUUGGCGGUAACACUGCCUGAAUUUGCGCUACUCUUAUGGUGGUGUUCCCUACCGGAGUCGCCCCGAUGGCAGCUAACACACGGCAAGUUCGCGGAGGCCGAGCGGGCUAUUCGUCGGGCGGCGGAGGUUAACGGGAAGUCUACCGCCGACAUCGACCACAAGUUACGUAAACUCAUGGAUAAAGCACUCGCCGAUAAGGAACAGGAUGUGACCAAUAAACGUGCCAAUCUGUUUGAUUUGUGUAAGACCAGGGUUAUGAUCAAGAAUACGGCCAUACUCUACUUUUCGUGGUAUGUAUUUGUUUUGUAC